UCGGCAGCGGCUCCUGCCAUGGCCUCGCUCGUGAAGAAAAUAAUCAGCACUACUAAGGCCCCUGCACUGGGUCCCUACAGCCAGGCCGUGCUGGUGGACAGGACGAUGUACAUUGCAGGGCAGAUAGGGCUGGAGCCUUCCACUGGGCAGCUUGUCUCUGGAGGGGCAAAGGAGGAGGCCAAGCAGGCUCUCAAAAACAUGGGAGAAAUCCUGAAAGCUGCAGACUGUGACUAUGGCAAUGUUGUGAAGACUACAGUUUUGAUGGCAGACAUGAAGGACUACAAUGAUAUUAACGAUGUUUACAAACAAUUUUUCAAGGCAAACUUCCCAGCCAGAGCAGCCUAUCAAGUUGCUGCUUUGCCCAGAGGGGCCAGAGUUGAGAUUGAAGCUAUUGCUAUUAAGGGACCUCUCCAAGAUGCUUCAGCAUGACUAUAAGUGGAGACUGGAUAUCUUACAAUGACAGUUGUAGAUUUAGUUGAUACUUCUCCCUUAUAUCUGAUUGCUACAGCUGACUUACAGCAGUUACACACAGUUGAAAUCAGUAAACUUACUGAGGAAAGGUGCUUCUUUCAGGACUUACAGUGAGUUCUCUGCUGGCCAACCCUGAAAAGUGCCUGAGUCCUGCUAAAAUCAGCUGAGCCACGUUGCAGGACAGACCCUGCCCUUUGUGGAAGUGACUGGAUGUCCAGGUAUUAGGGUACAUACCUGGGUGAAUGUAUUAGAGUUACACUAUGGCUGAUCUGGACAUGGAAAACUAUACUGAUUUGUAAUAGUAGGUUUUUAGUAAAAAAAUUAAAAUCAGAAGAAAAUUACAGAAAUGAGAAAGCAGAGCACUUGAAUUGCUUAGCAUACAUCUUCACUUCUGAGGAAUUUUACUGUAUUUGCUUCUGAAUUUUCUAAACCUCUUUCUUUACAUAAUAGAUUACUGUUGGGACUCAGAUUUUUUCAUAUGUAAGCAACUGCUUAACAAAGUUAAUAUUAAUUUCAGAAAGAAGAAAAUUAUGAUUUUCUGAAGUGGUACCUUUAUACAUCAGAUGAAAAUUAAUAUCUACAUGUAACCUUUCUCGUGAUCUUUUUCAUAGCAAUUCAACUUUGAUUGUUUUGAUUUUAAAAAACAAUAAAAAUUAAAAAAUGUUAAAUGAGAAUAAAAUACAAUUGCAACUGCAAAAA